GUAAUAAUCCUGUUCUGCCUGCUUCAUAGGGCUGCUAGAAAGAUUCAACAAAAUACAUGAGAAUACUUUGAAAAUCAUUACUUUUACAUUGUUGUGUUCUGGAAGUGUUGGCGUUUUGACAGUUGACUUCUGAAGCAACGCACCCUGAUCAGGAAAUGAUAGUGAUAGCUUUCCUCUUUCUGAGGCCUGUGGGUUUGUAGGGACAGAGAGUUCACCUCUUUCCACCAAAAAGGUUUGUACUUCCCUGGCUGUAAGAACUGGCAUCUGUAUCUGUGUUUGGCCUGAAAACUUGAUAGCACACAUGAAUAACAGCUUAGCAACAGCCAUGGAUGCCUGGAGAGGCAGGCAGUCUUCAUUCGUGAGGUGUGGAUUGCUGGCGUGAGUGGCUAAACCUGGAGGGUGCAGGAGUAAGGUCUUUCUCAUUAAGAGAGAGGCCUUUCCUGCACCUGUGGGCAAGGAAAGUAAAUAUAUAUUGAAAUAAUCCAUCAGUCGAGUGACUUCCCUUCAUCAGAUCUUAGAGAGAGAAUGCUUUAGCUACCACUAAGCUAGCAGAGUUGCCUAGGAUACUGGUCACGUGGGCCCAUCUUCUAGACUUGCUCAAAGUGAUUUAUUUUCCUUUAUUUUGGAGAGAAGUGGAGGAGGGGGUCGGGUCCUUGCAAAGCCUUGUCCUCCUAUAGAGGCCCUUUGUGUGUGGGUAUCCUCACCUCCCUGCUCUCAGCCCUUGACAGCCCUUGCCCUUGGCAGUAGGGACUAAAAUAGCAUUUCCUGCCCCAGUUCCCUUCCCCAUUUUCUGAACUUUGCGUCAUCCCAUGCAGAGGAGGCUCCACAUUUUGUCCUUUGGUGGGGAGGGAGUGGCAGCAAUGAGUAGGGAGAAGGCAAGAGAUCAUGCGGCUGGGCUUUGCUGACGCCAGGAUCUUCCUGGGUGACUGCAGAAUGAAAGCAGCUUUGUCUGUGUUUGUGUGUGUCUUGGAGAGAUAGGGCCCAUUGUAAACUGCAAUGCCACCACCAUCAGACAUCGUCAAAGUGGCCAUCGAGUGGCCAGGUGCCAAUGCUCAGCUCCUUGAAAUCGAUCAGAAACUGCCCCUGACAUCCAUUAUCAAGGAAGUUUGUGACGGGUGGUCAUUGCCAAACCCAGAAUACUACACCCUCCGGUAUGCAGAUGGUCCUCAGCUCUACAUCACCGAACAGACGCGCAGUGACAUUAAGAAUGGGACAAUCUUACAGCUGGCCAUCUCCCCGUCCCGGGCCGCACGCCAGUUGAUGGAAAGGACCCAGUCAUCCAGCAUGGAGACCCGGCUGGAUGCCAUGAAGGAGCUGGCCAAGCUCUCUGCUGACGUGACCUUUGCUACAGAGUUCAUCAACAUGGAUGGCAUCAUCAUGCUCACACGGCUUGUGGAGAGUGGAACCAAGCUUUUGUCCCACUACAGUGAGAUGCUGGCAUUCACCCUGACUGCCUUCUUAGAGCUCAUGGACCAUGGCAUUGUCUCCUGGGACAUGGUUUCCAUCACCUUUAUUAAGCAGAUCGCAGGGUACGUAAGCCAGCCCAUGGUGGACGUGUCAAUCCUUCAGAGGUCCCUGGCCAUCCUGGAGAGCAUGGUCUUGAACAGCCAGAGUCUGUACCAGAAGAUAGCAGAGGAAAUCACCGUGGGACAGCUCAUCUCCCACCUUCAGGUCUCCAACCAGGAGAUUCAGACCUACGCCAUUGCACUGAUUAACGCACUUUUUCUGAAGGCUCCUGAGGACAAGCGACAGGAUAUGGCCAAUGCAUUUGCACAGAAGCACCUUCGGUCCAUAAUCCUGAAUCAUGUGAUCCGAGGGAACCGCCCAAUCAAAACUGAGAUGGCCCAUCAGCUGUAUGUCUUACAAGUCCUGACCUUUAACCUUCUGGAGGAAAGGAUGAUGACCAAGAUGGACCCCAAUGACCAGGCUCAGAGAGACAUCAUAUUCGAACUAAGGAGGAUUGCAUUUGAUGCAGAGUCAGACCCUAGCAGCGUCACUGGGAGUGGGACCGAAAAGCGCAAAGCCAUGUACACCAAGGACUACAAAAUGCUGGGAUUCACUAACCAUAUCAACCCAGCAAUGGACUUUACCCAGACUCCUCCUGGAAUGCUGGCCUUGGACAACAUGCUGUACUUGGCUAAAGUCCAUCAGGACACCUACAUCCGGAUUGUUUUGGAGAACAGCAGCCGAGAAGACAAACAUGAGUGUCCCUUUGGCCGCAGUGCCAUUGAGCUCACCAAAAUGCUCUGUGAAAUCCUACAGGUUGGGGAACUACCCAAUGAAGGGCGCAACGACUACCACCCCAUGUUCUUUACCCAUGAUCGAGCAUUUGAAGAGCUCUUUGGAAUUUGCAUCCAGCUGUUGAACAAGACAUGGAAAGAGAUGCGGGCGACAGCAGAGGACUUCAACAAGGUUAUGCAAGUAGUCCGAGAGCAAAUCACUCGAGCUUUGCCCUCCAAACCCAACUCUUUGGAUCAGUUCAAGAGCAAACUGCGUAGCCUGAGCUACUCCGAGAUCCUGCGGCUGCGCCAGUCCGAGAGGAUGAGUCAGGAUGACUUCCAGUCCCCGCCAAUCGUGGAACUGAGGGAGAAGAUCCAGCCCGAGAUCCUGGAGCUGAUCAAGCAGCAGCGCCUGAACCGGCUCUGUGAGGGUAGCAGCUUCCGAAAGAUUGGGAAUCGCCGAAGGCAAGAACGUUUCUGGUACUGCCGCUUGGCACUGAACCACAAGGUUCUGCACUAUGGCGACCUGGAUGACAACCCUCAAGGGGAGGUGACAUUCGAGUCCCUGCAGGAGAAAAUUCCUGUUGCAGACAUUAAGGCCAUUGUCACUGGGAAAGAUUGUCCCCACAUGAAAGAGAAAAGUGCUCUGAAGCAGAACAAGGAGGUGUUGGAAUUGGCUUUCUCCAUCCUCUAUGAUCCUGAUGAGACCUUAAACUUCAUUGCACCUAACAAGUACGAGUACUGCAUCUGGAUCGACGGCCUCAGUGCCCUUCUGGGGAAGGACAUGUCUAGUGAGCUGACCAAGAGUGACCUGGACACCCUGCUGAGCAUGGAGAUGAAGCUGCGGCUCCUGGACCUGGAGAACAUCCAGAUUCCCGAGGCCCCACCACCAGUCCCCAAGGAGCCCAGCAGCUAUGACUUUGUCUAUCACUACGGCUGAGCCUGGAGCCGAAGGCGACAGUGCCCAGGAAGGCAUUUGGGGCCCAGGAGAAACUCACAGUCUGGUGCCUUGUCUUUUGCUUGUACAGAAUCUGUAGUGACCGUGGUGACCAGUCAGUGCCAGCCAUUCCUCUGACCACCUCGGACCACCCAGAGCUUCCUCUUGGUCCCUAUCAGCUAAGAGUCACGAAGGCAGGUGCUCUGCCCUCCCAUCACCGUCAGGCCUGGGAUCGGGCCGUGAGGAAUGAACAGCAGAGGCCCUUGCCUUCCAGCCUAACAAACUGCCUCUUGAGCUGGAUUUAACAACAGCCACUCACCUUUUCUUCCUGAGCCUGUCUGGUCUGCUGGACUCCCAGGUGAGCAGGACCUGGCCUGGGAAGGCUGCCUGCAGAAGACUGGUGUGCUGGGCGCAUGGAGAGCCUUGGAGUGACUGCUUGUGUGUGACCCAUGCCUGUGGCUCAGAUCUCAGUAGGGGCCUUGGCCUUUGCUUGGUGGAUGCCUUGGGCCUUUUGCUUUUGUCUUCUCCAUUAGGGCUCACUCCAGCCUUACACGGUGCCAAGAUGCUGCUGCUUCUGAGAUUUGGCUCUAACAUCUCUGCUCUCUGGAGCCACCAGAUCUUCCUUGUCCAGGCAGUUUUCAGGCAGAUGGAAAUUUCUCCCCUACAGGCUCUCAGUCUCUCAUCCUGCAAGUCAAAGGCCUUGGGGCUAAGUCCCACCCUCUUGUCUCCAGGAACUCUGCAGGAAAAGCCCAGAUGAGGUCAUGAGAUCCCAUCCCCCCACAUUUGUAUCUCUUCCUUCCUUGGCAGAAAUCUCCCACUGACCUCAAUUGCAGCCCCUCCAGUUUGCUUUUCCUCUGGCCUGCCAACCCCAGGACGUCUGUCCUUUCCUUCCUCCCGUUCCCAGCGCUUUGGUUUCUGCCAUUGGCGGUGAGUUCAGGGAGCUGGCGGAGCCCAGCCAAGGCCACAGCUGUGCCAUUGGGGCUUUCCUGGUGCUGCAGCACUUGUAAACUACACACACAGCCUCUCUCCUUGGACACACGUUAACACAGUGGCAUUCAGUAUUGGUAGGCCGGCAUGGUAGGUACUAUCUGAUGAAGAGUGUACUAUAUAUUUUCUUUACUAUAGGCCAUACUUAUACAGACGUGUAUAUAUAUUUAUAUAAGAUCUACCUAUCCUAGAACUCAAAAGUUUGGAGGGAAAUAAAACGGGGGGCAAAAAAAAAACCAAACAAUAGUAACACUUCCAAUUGUGAGCCAAGAUGGUAACCUGAGAACAGCCAGGAGCUUCCUGUCAGUAACCAUGUUUUCAAUAAAUACUCUUUCAUGUACAAAA